AUGACCUCGAACCCUCCUCAGUCGGGCAACCAAGGACAAAGCACCGCUACACCCGCUUCGACCCAGCCCGCAUCUUCCCAGCCCACCCAGGCUACUACCUCGUACGCUUCCGCGACCAAGAAGUCCGCGACGGACUCGACCGCCGCCUCCGCCACCGUGAGCGGCUCAGCGCAUAAUGGGCAGCAGAGUUCUGGAUCUUCAGUGAACGGAAAACCCAUGCAAAACCAACCUGCCGCUUCGGGCGUUACCAUCGUCAAUGGGGCUCCCACUGCUCCAGCUGCCGGCGAUCACUCUCGCAAGCCCUCUGUAACCAUCACCUCCAGCGGUACCUCUGGAUAUAUUCCCAACGGCGGUGCUCCUGCCAGCCGUCCCAACAGCCUGCAGUUCGGUUUCGCAAACCAACAGAGCUCUCCCAACAUGGGUGCUCCCGCUGUUCCUGCUUCCAACCAGGCUCAGUCUGGACUCGGUGCGCCCUCCACCAACCCCCGUGUGACGUCUCCUCAGACUUCGCCUUCGCCCAUCCCCCAACCCGCCUCCAGCGGUGGCCGUCCUCCUCCAUCUACUUACCAGGCUCAAGGAAAUGUGCCCAACUUCGGUAGCUUUGGCGAAACCGGCGAUGCCAACGCCCCCCACGGUCCUCCCCAUAUGCGCCGCGAGUCAUCCCAGUCCGCCCACAGUGACAACAUGAACGGCCCUGGUCGCGGUGGCUACCCUCACCAGGGUGGCCGUGGCCGUGGAUACUCUCAGUCCGGCUACCAGGGACAACAGAUGCCCUACUCCCCCAACCCCAGCUUCCGUCAGACCCCCAACCAACCACGCGGUGGUCCCAACAUGGCUCCCCAGUUCCACGGCCCCAACCAAGGCCGCCCACUGGCUCCCUACUCGCCUCACCAAGCCCAACGCAGCCCUGCCUUGGCCAAUCCGUACGGCUACGGCCAACACAUGGGUCCCCAAGCUGUGAGCCCCCCAUCUUCUUUACCCCCUCGUCUUUCCCAAGAUAUUCCUCGCCGUGGAACCCAUAGGAAGUUCAGCAACCCCAGGAACAAUGGGAAGCAACAAGGCCCGGUCUAUCAACCCAAACUCCCCAUGGAUCUUGCGCCCGAGAGCGGUCAAUUUGAAAAAUUUCUGACAUAUAUGCAACAACAGACUUACACCGGUGGCUAUGAUCCCAACUACGCUGGUUACUACAACCCAUCUGCCGGUGGUUACUACAUGACUCCUCCAUCGCCUCAACCUCGUGCCGCGGGAAUGCCUUACAACGGCCAGUACAUGGGCCAGCAGUACCCUGCGCCGAUCCCCCAGGCGGCUCCGCUUUCGCGUACCCCCUCCCAAGUGUCUACUGAUCGUCCAGGUUCCAGCCUUGGCCAAGGACCGGCCCCCGCUGGCCCCGCUACUCCCGGUCACAACCACACCGCCAGCCGGUCUUCCAACUCUCCUGCUCCCAAGCCACACUUCGUUCUUCCGUCGACCAAGAAGAGCGCCGCGAUUGUCAUCAAGGACCCUAACAGCGGCUCAAUCAAGACCUUCGACAAGAACCCUGCCUCUCCUGCGCGCGCCACUCCUUCACCUGUGAAAUUCAGCACUCCCCCGACCUCGACCCCACCUCCUCGCACUGCUAGCGCCGCCGAGCACACUCGUUCUGACAGCAAGGCUAACACUGCCAAGACUGACGAGGAGAAGAAGCAGGAAUUGAAGGAUGCCGUGCGUUUGAAGAUUCAGCAAGACGAGGCUGCCCAGAAGCAGCGUCUCGCUGAUGAGGCCUCCAGCAAGCCCGCCGAAGCCGAGCCCACCGCUGCCAAGAAGGACGACACCGAAGCCACUCGUGCUGCCGUCGAGGAUCUUUCGAUCAAGGAGAAGGCUGCGCCCGUCGAAGAGGCCAAGCCCGCCCCUGCGGAGGAGCUCAAGCAGGCCCCUGCCCCUGCCCCUGCCCCUGCCCCCGCUGCCGCUCCCGCGGAUGACGAUGAAAUCGACUUCGAUGCCAUCGAGCGUGAGAUGGCCGAGAUUGAGGCUAAGGAGCGCGCUGCUGAGGAAGACUACAACCGCAGCAAGGCCGAGAAGAAGGAGAAGGCCGAGCGCCAGGAACGCGAGGAGCGUGAGAACUACGAGGCCAACAUGAAGAAGGCCGAGGCCGAGGCUGAAGCACGCGAAAUUGCCCGUGAGCAAGCCCGCGCCAACGGUGAAUCUGCCCCGGAUGACGGCAACAAGGAUUUGUUCGCCUCUCUCAAGAAGGGUGGAUUCGGUGCCACCGAGACCGCAACUGAAAGUGGUCCGGAAACACCUGUCUCUGACAUGGGACCUCCCGGCAAGCCAGCCGCCAAGAAGCCCGCCGGUCUUAAGCUUGAUACUCCCAAGCCAACAGAGCCCCUGCAGCCCACAGCAGCCAUGAAGUCUCUCGAGAACGCCAAAUUCCUUGUUGAUCUCAGCAAGGUCACCUACCCCUCUUCCAUCACUCCCCCCAACGCCGUCCUGAAUGACGCCGCUCCCGAAGGCCGCAAGUUCCACUACGACCGUGACUUCCUCAUGCAGUUCCAGGCUGCUUUCAGAGAGAAGAUCUCUGUUGACUGGGACUCUCGUGUGCGUGACACCGUUGGCGACCCCACCGACUCUGCCCGCCAGGGUAGCCGCACUCCCAGCAUGAGUGGCGGCCGCAACCCCUCUCGCGGUGGCAUCGGUGGCCAAUUCCAGAUGGGCAGCUUCGCUACACCACGCCCUGGCCAGAUGCCUCCUAUGGGUGGCAACAACAUGAGCCGCAACCCCUCUGGCUUCGGAUUUGGACGAGGCGGACCUGCUGGCAUGAACCCCCUCGGAAACAUCCGCAGUGGCUCCGGUGUCGGUCCCCGCACUGGCUCCAAGGGUGGCCGCAAUGACAGCAAGGCCGGUGGUCGUAGCAAGGCCGGUGGCCGCAAGGAUGAAGAGGCAAACAAGUCCAUGCCCCUCACCGCUGGUAUGGACCUCAAGGCCAUUCAGACCACCGCAACUGGAUGGAAGCCUCGCAGCGUUGGCCAACCCACUGCUGGCCCCGCCCCUGGUGGUGAUGGCCACAUGGCCCCCGAUGUUGUGCAGCGCAAGGUCAAGGCUGCUCUCAACAAGAUGACCCCCGAGAAGUUCGAUCGUAUCGCUGGCCAGAUCCUCGAAAUUGUUUCUCAGUCCAAGGAUGAGAGUGACGGCCGUACUCUGCGCCAGGUCAUCCAGCUCACUUUCGAGAAGGCUACUGACGAGGCUCACUGGGCCCCCAUGUACGCCAAGUUCUGCAAGAGCAUGCUCGAGAGCAUGAGUGCCGAGAUUAAGGAUGAGAACAUCCGCGACCGUAACGGUACCGUUGUUGCCGGUGGCAGCUUGUUCCGCAAGUACCUCCUCAACCGUUGUCAAGAGGAGUUCGAGCGUGGUUGGAAGGUUAACCUGCCCGAGAAGCCUGAGGGUGUUACCGAGGAGGCUGCUAUGAUGUCUGACGAGUACUACAUUGCCGCCGCUGCUAAGCGUCGUGGUCUUGGUCUCGUUAAGUUCAUUGGUGAGCUUUACAAGCUCGGCAUGCUUACAGAGCGUAUCAUGCACGAGUGUGUCAAGAAGCUUGUCGACUACGAGGGCAUUCCCGAUGAGGCUGAGGUUGAGAGUUUGACCUCUCUCCUCCGCACCAUUGGUGCCAGUCUCGAUGCCUCCGAGAAGGGCCCUGCCAUGAUGGAUGCUUACUUUGCUCGCAUCCACCUUAUGGUCGAGACACCCGGUCUCCCCAGCCGUCUCCGCUUCAUGUUGCUGGACAUCAUUGAUCUCCGUGCCGCUCGUUGGAACUCCAAGGAGGGUGACAAGGGUCCUCAGACCAUUGUUGAGAUUCGCGAGGCUGCCGCCCGUGCUGCCCAAGCCGCCGAGGCCGAACGCCAACGCCAGACCAGCAACCGCGGCGGUGGUGGUCGCAUGCCCAUGGGCCGCGGUGACGCCCGUGGCUUCGGAUACGGCAACCAGGCCCCUCCCCCCGACUACGCAUCCAGCAAGGUUGGCAGUGACGAUCUCCGUCGUCUGCGCGCCACCCGCAACACCAACCAGCCCAUGUCCUUCGGGCCCUCCAGCCUUCUCGGCUCGCGCACCAACAGCGGCCGCAAGAACCUCGGUCCCGGCGGCAACCUAGUCCGUGGCAGUGACGACAGCGCCGCCAGCUCUCGCACUGGUACUCCCCCCGCCGGCAAGAAGGAAGACAAGGAUACCUCUUCCAUGAACGCUUUCAGUGCUCUCGCCGCCCUUGAAGACCGGGAUAACAUGGCUACCUCGCCUCCCUCGAACCCCACCUCCCCGAUGCUCACCAAGUCGCAGCCCGCGGCCGAACGUCGCCCCUCAAAAACCCCGUCUGUCAAGGAUGGAGAAUCCACAGCAUAG